UGAUUAUUGACAUCCCAGUUAACAGCCAAUGGUAAUGAUUCCGCUCUUACAGUGGCCCCACCUGAUCUCCUUGACCCAAAGUCUGCCGCUCACAACUCCAAGCCCCGCCUCUCCUUCUCGGCUGCCAAGCCGGUGGUCCUGAACUCCCCCGAGGACGAAUACGACACCACACGCUUCACCGUCAUGAGGUGGAAGACGGUAUCAGUCAUCUUCUUCCUGGUGGUGCUCUACCUCAUUGUGGGAGCCCUGGUGUUCCGGGCGCUGGAGCAGCCCCACGAGAGCCAACAGAAGCUGGCCAUCUUGGCCGAGAAACUGGACUUCCUGUCGCUGCACGCCUGUGUCAACUCCUCCGAACUGGAGGACCUCGUCAAGCAAGUGAUCUCUGCCAUCAGAGCGGGCGUCAACCCAUCAGCGAACUCAUCCAAUCAGACAAGUCUGUGGGACCUAAGCUCCUCCUUUUUCUUCGCUGGCACUGUCAUCACCACUAUUGGCUUUGGGAACAUCGCUCCCCACACGGAGGGGGGACGUAUCUUCUGUAUCAUCUAUGCCCUCCUGGGAAUCCCCCUCUUUGGCUUCCUAUUGGCUGGUGUUGGAGACCAGCUUGGGACCAUCUUUGGGAAAGGCAUCAACAGAGUGGAGAAGAUAGUUGGGUCUCUCCCUCAAAAGUGGAAAGUGAGCCAGACCAAGAUCAGGGUGAUCUCCACCGUGAUCUUCAUCCUGUUUGGCUGUGUCCUCUUCGUGGCGUUGCCGGCGGUCAUCUUUAAACACAUAGAGGGCUGGAGCACGCUGGAGUCCAUCUACUUUGUGGUCAUCACCCUCACCACCAUCGGCUUCGGUGACUUUGUGGCCGGUGAAAAAGGUCUUGAAAAAGGUGGUUCUGAGAUAGAGUAUCUGGACUACUACAAGCCUGUGGUGUGGUUCUGGAUCCUGAUUGGUCUAGCCUACUUUGCUGCCGUGCUCAGUAUGAUAGGAGACUGGUUCAGAGUCAUCUCCAAGAAAACCAAGGAGGAGGUAGGGGAGUUCCGGAUCCAUGCAGCAGAGUGGACGGCAAACGUGUCGGCUGAGUUCAAGGAGACACGGCGUCGCCUGAGCGUAGACAUCUCGAACAAGUUUGAGCGUGCCGCCUCCAUUAAGCGUCGACUGUCCUCAGAGCUGGGCCUCAACCCCAUCACCCAGGAGAUGACCCCGGGCAGGAGGACGCUGUCCGUGAACCUGGGGCCAGGGGAUGAGAGGGAGGCCUACCCCAACCUGGCUCUCUCCCUCACUCCUGUCCCUGGAGCCCUGGCCCGCAAUGGCAGUGGACUCUACCUGAACGGACUCAGUCCGGACUACGCUGAGGUAGCCAUCAUAGAGAGCCUCUAGUGAUGAGACACAUUUAUGGUCAUCAGUGGAGAUCAUUAAGUGAGACUAACACACACACACACGCUUGUGUGUUCAUGCUCACACUUGUGCUCAUUGGUUAAGAGGCUGGUUGGAGAGACAGACACUUCAAGCUGAGAUCUCAGGCAUACUGUAGGUGAGUUUUCAGACAUACACCCAUGCACACACACAUGUUCCUCAAAGGUGAUGAGAUGCAUACACACACUAGGCUGUGCAGUAAUCGAUUGAGUGCUGUGAGGGAGAGAGACACUGGUCGAUCAUCACUUACAGUAGAUCGAUCAUCACACACAAAUACACACACACACACACACUAAUUGAUGGAGCUUGUGGAGAGACACAAGUUACACAAGUUAAUGCUCCCACUCCAGCUGAAAACACAGAGAGGCUCUGAAGUCUGCAUCAGAUGAAGAGGUUCUUCACUGUCCAACACUGUAUCAUCCAAGAUGAAACUUUCUCUAAGGCCUUUUACCCAACAAGUGUUAGGUUCUCACCAGGAGGCAACAAUCAUCACCAAACUUACGGAGCAUGCAGUUGAUGUAUUUCCAAGAUUGUGUCUUUUUUCGUUUCAGUUGACACUUUUGUAUGGUUCAUGUAUUCAGACUACUAGGGCAGCAUUUAUUUGAUGCCUUGCUUUCAGUAAUGACACCGCUUACAGUUUUAAAGCAGAAUGUUUCGAUCAUUUUUUUUACCUUCAAGAUGGACAUGCAGCUUUUUACCUAAGGAAUAUUCCUAGUGCCUUAAAUAAUGGAAGAACACUUUGAACAGUGUUUUGGAUUGCCGGUGCAUGUUGGACUGAGUCUUAUCUAUUUGGGUCGUUAUCAAGUCUUAAUUCUUACUUAAGCAAUCCUUGAGAAUAUUUGUACAUUAUUUCUGCGUCUUUUAGAGAACACAGCAACACAUCAAGUAACAAAGAGAAGGUGCAUGGAAGGAUAUGAACUUUGACCUUUUGAAGUGGAGAUUUAACAGAAGACACUUACAGUACAAGCAUAUUUCCGAUUGGAGCUGGACUGACUGGGAUAUUUCUGACCUCUGUCUGUCUGUGUGUGUCAACCAUUUUGUCCCUGUUACUGUCCCAUUGUCCCCUGCCUGCAAUGGUGACUUUGUCAUUCAGGCGCAUUACUGAUAGAAUGUCACUCUCUUCCUCCUACUCCUCCUGUUCCUCUCCUCUUCAUCCCUCCUCCUCUCCUCCCACUCAUAGACAAACGUAGACACUAUUUAUCAUAGAGAGAAAUGGUCCUACAGAAGCAUAUCAACCAUUCACCUCUAUGGUUGCCUUCAGUAACUCUGUAUCCCAACAACUCAUCCAUUCAUGUGUAAAUAGUAAGGUAAGAUAUGUAUUUAUCUCAAUGUUAAGUCCAUCAAAGGCAGAAGUGAUCUGCACACAUAGUACAAAGACUCUAAGAUUCUUCUUUUGCCAUCUUUGGUUGGUUUUUUAAUGCAGCAGGGGGCGGGACAGGGGGUGUUAAACACAGACGUUUUGGCUAAUGCUUCGUCAUUAAGUCCCUCACUUGGUCUGCACAACACUAUUUCUGGGGUUAAACAGAAUAUUAAUCAUAAAAAAAACCUCUUCCUGUGUCCACCUGUGAAUAACAGUAUGCUAUCUAAGCAAUGCUCGAGGAAGACAGGGCUUAUAUCAUGGAGUUCCAUAGUGAUGAAUACUUCUCAAUGGGUGGUGGAUGAAGAAGGCAGAUUAGGUGAUGAAUACUUCUCAAUGGGUGGUGGAUGUAGAAGGCAGAUUAGGUGAUGAAUACUUCUCAAUGGGUGGUGGAUGUAGAAGUCAGAUUAGGUGAUGAAUACUUCUCAAUGGGUGGUGGAUGUAGAAGGCAGAUUAGGUGCUGAAUACUUCUCAAUGGGUGGUGGAUGUAGAAGGCAGAUUAGGGAAAUAGCUUGGUAGCCUCAAGGUUUAAUCCGGCUUCUCUCCUCUGACAGGCUAUUCAUCAUGUUGGAUAGAAAUAUAUUUGGGACAUACAUAUAUUGUAUUUUCUUAUACAAAUCAGGCCCAUUUUAUGCAUUUUAUUCACUGUAUAUUUUGAUUGGGUGUGUGGGUAAUGGGCAUGGUUAUUGGCAUGGUUAUGGGCUUGGUUAUGCAAUGUGUUAUAAGGCUGAGGGGAGACUCAAUGAAAACAUGACUUGGAUUGUUACUUCAAAUGAGGGGAGACGCAAUGAAAAAAUGACUUGGAUUGUUACUUGAAUGUAUUCUUUAUUCUGUGCUUUCUUAUUUCCAAUCACGUUUUUAAUUUAAUAUCUUGCCAAAACAUCACACAUGUACUUCUCAUGUGCAUCAUACAAUACAGAACAAAGUGUCUUACAAAUGCCCCUUUCAUCAAGAAACAGGUUUACAUUUAACUUUCCAUUUUGAACAGGGUAAUGGUUGUUAACUGAACGUAUGAAUGUUUGAAUGGUGAGAAAGCAGCCAGGUCACCUGUAAUACAAAUCAGUAUUUGAAAUCCAUCCAUUUAUUUUAUUUAACUUUUAUUGAACUAGGCACGUCAGUUAAGAACAAAUUCUUAUUUACAAUGACAGCCUACACCAGCCAAACCCAGAUGACGCUGGGCCAAUUGUGCACCGCCCUAUGGG